GCUGGACCCAAGCCGUACUUUUCGCACUCGCCGCCUGCAAAGUUCUGUUCUGCCUGUGCAGCACAGCUACUCGGACCUGAUGUGGAGCAGCCAUGUCCUCUGGCCGCAUUCAACCGAGCAGAAUCCUAAGCAGCACAGUACAGCGUUGACAACCCGGCUGUUCGUGUUUGUGAAGUAAUUGCUAACAGGCUUGGUCACCUGCUCGUCAUGGCGGCGGCGCGUGUGCCUGGCCGUGGCUUGCCGUUCGGUGCGCUGCUUCUCUUUUGCCUUCUCAGCACGUCAGGCUGUCCUACUGCGCUAGCUCAGGCAGCCUCUCCCGGGGCCACCCUGCUGGAGAUUCUAACGGGCCUGCUCAACAGCACAACGUAUAGCACAGUGGUGCAGGCGGUGCUGUACGCCCACCUGACCGGCCCCGUCAGCACCCUGGCAGACACGACAGGCAUCACCAUUUUCGCUCCUUCUAAUACUGCUUUCCAGGCUCUGGGCAAUGGCGUCAUCGCGUGCCUCAUCAACCAGCCGGACGUACCGCUGCUGACCAGUGUCCUGGAGUACCAUGUCAUCAAGGGCGUCUAUAACUCCAGUACGCUUGUUGCAGCAGCCCCAGUGAGUCUAGCCUCCGUCAAUGGCAAGGAGCUCAAUUUCACCACCCAGGGAUCCUCUUUGCUUGUGAACGGUGUGAACAUCACCGCUGCGAACGCCGUCCAGCUGCCCGGCAGUGCGGUGGUGCACGGGCUGCCCGCGGUGCUGGUGCCCCCAGGGGGCCUCGCGGCGGUGCAGGCGCUCUGCUCCAGCCCUGCCAACCUCACAGGGGGGCACCCCCUGCCAACUAAUGCAACGCCCGCGGCAGCUCUCCCUCCGACGGGGGCUGCACCCCAAACUGGCGGUGCACAGCUUGGUGGGCUGCAUCGAGAAAGCUUUGUUGGGAUCCUCGUUUUGAGUUGCUGCUUGCUUCAGUUCCUUCUAUAGUAGUUACAUGGCAUAGCAUCUUUUUUCAAAAAGUCAUCUCUACGUAGUCAAAAGAUAACUGGGCAUACCAGCUCGCUUGGGUGGCCCGUAAUACAGAAAGAGCUUGCUAGCCGUAGUUCUUUUCAGUUGAGCUUGAAUCCAAGUGCCAGCAGUGGACUAAAAGUGACAAAAGGUGUAGUGUAUAUUACAGUCAAGUCAUGGUGCAACAAGUAGAAGUAUGAUUUUCGAAGUUGAAGGCUGGUCAGUCACGCCGAAUGCUGCCCUAUAGGAUUCCGGGAUGCUUAAAUUAUAUGUGUAGUUGUGAACUCUGUCGAUCGGUACGUAUAUGGUCUUCUGGGUGUAAACAAGAAAGUUGGGACACCCUGUCGUGUGUUUCGUGAUAGUCUUUCAACGACUUCAGUCAAUUUCGGUUGAACACCAUUGAAACAAAGUUUACAUGCAUGGUGUGAUGGAGGC